UCAGUUUUUUUGGUUGGUGGUUUGGAAGUGGGUCAGGAUGCCCGAGCCUGCUAAAUCCGCGCCGGUGCCCAAGAAGGGCUCCAAGAAGGCGAUCACCAAGACGCAGAAGAAGGGCGACAAGAAGCGCAAGAAGAGCCGCAAGGAGAGCUACUCCAUCUACGUGUACAAGGUGCUGAAGCAGGUGCACCCGGACACGGGCAUCUCCUCCAAGGCCAUGAGCAUCAUGAACUCCUUCGUCAACGACAUCUUCGAGCGCAUCGCCGGCGAAGCCUCCCGCCUGGCCCACUACAACAAGCGCUCCACCAUCACCUCCCGCGAGAUCCAGACCGCCGUGCGCCUCCUGCUGCCCGGGGAGCUGGCCAAGCACGCCGUCUCCGAAGGCACCAAGGCUGUCACCAAGUACACCAGCUCCAAGUAAUCCCCCCCCCCCCCCCGGAGCCGGAGGUUGAAAACAGCAGGUCCAAAACCCAAAGGCUCUUUUUAGAGCCAC